AUGACUACUACCACAGGAACAACAACAAUAACCAACGCAACAGCCUCAUCUCCCUCCACCAACAAAACCUUCUCCGAAGAUGAAUCUACAAGUACAUCGAUUCAUGACCAACCACAACCACAACAACCUCAACGACCAUCCAAUGAUGAUCUUGCCAUCGAUACAAACAAUGUCGUUGUGGUUUCUUCUCGUGUUUCAUCACCCAUAGUAUCGGAUCAUGUCAUACUGACAAAAGAGGAGUUGGCACGAAGAAGCAAAAAAUUACAAAUUCUCUCAUUACUCUGUGAUAAUAGCUCGAGAUUUGAUGCUUCUUAUCACACAGAGAAACAAUUGAAGGCACUGGAUUCAAUCCUUCAGAGUAUUGAAACAGAAAAGUGUGAAAGUGAAUGGUUGGAGUUAGGUUUAUAUCCUUGUCUAUUUCAAUACUUGUGUAGCGGACAACGAAUCAGUAUUGAGACAAUCAAAAUUGUACAGAAAAUUAUAUUGUCAACGAAUUUGGCAGAACCACAAAACUUUGCUUUGUUUUUCGAUGUUUUUAACGAUUUUGUUUAUGAAGAGAGUAACAUUACCAAUUUAUUAUAUCUUUUAUACAGAAUACUAUUUAUGAAGGACGACACUUUUAUGCAAUUAUUUAUUAAUCGAUCGGGAGGCAACUUUUUGUUGGACAUUUACCGAAAGAGACUUAUCAAAGACAUUGAACACCAAAAGUACAGCCAUGCACGAAAGCCAAUGUUAAGACAAAAUGUCACUCAACACUUUAUCAAAUCUCCAAGAGUUUCAACUGCUCCUACUCCCAGAAAAAGCGCAUCUACCUCCUUGAUAAAACCACCUAAAUUAUAUACUGCUUCCUUCAACAAUAGUAUAAAUGCAGAACUCGAAAAGAAUUUGAAAAACAGGAAAGAUAAGGCUGUCACAGACUUUGGAUCCAUGUACACAUCUCCAACUACAAGUGAAAAUAAUCUGUUAAACAUUAGCUUACAAAGUCCACCUCAAUCUGAUAGGAGCAACACUUCUGACGAUAAGGACAAAAGUUCUAGCACCUCCACUCCCAGAGAGGGAACGGUGAUUGGGUUAUCCAAAGUACCACCCCUAAAGUUACCACCAAAGAAUCAAUCAAAUACGGCAACCAGAAUAAGAAGAAGAAUGGAUCCUAACUUGGUGAAUUUGGAAGGUUUAAGACUGAGUAUUGACACUCUUCGAACACAAUCUCAGGCAAACAACAAUUCUGAAAAUGUGCAAGCCGAACAAAAAUCCAAAUCGAGCAUUGAACAUUUAGACUCACUUGCAGCAAAAUUGGGAGAGUUAUAUAUUGCUUACGACUUGACAUAUCUCAUACCUAUUAAACGAGAUCUUGACAUGCAAAUAUCCAGAAACGAGGAACCUAAACAAGAAAAUUGUACCACUGUGGAAAAAGUUAAAAAAAAGACAGAUCCUAAAAAGCCGCUCAGUUUGGAAGAAGUAAUUUUCUCAAAAUUUUCCAACGACAUUUCUGUACAUAGGCACUUUAUUCUCAAAAUUCUUCAAGCAGUGUCGAAAUUCCAAGUGAUUCGAAAGUUUGCAAGAAAUCCUGUAAAUAUGUUCAUGCAUGAUUUAAAUACGCUUAGCUACAAGAUUAACCUUGUUGAAAGCGAAGCUUUUGUGAUUGACGUCGAAAAGAGUAACAUGUCCAUCAUUUAUGAUAUUCUUUCACAGUAUGCUGCAGAUGUUGAGGCUAAAUAUUUCAGACUUUGGAGAAUGAAUAAUGCUAACAAGAGUAAUGAUCCAACGAGAGAUAGAACGUUAAAAAAGUUCGAUAUUUUCCUCUGGCGAUGGACAGGUAUCACAGAACAAGCCAUUGAUAAUGAUGAUUGGGAAGAAACACAUUACCAACUUCAAGCUCUUUCCAAAUACUUGUACUCUUGUGUCUCACGAGUUCAGGCUUCGCAAUGUACGGCUGUUUGCUUGGAAACAUUGCUCAAAAUUCAAGUGGCAUGUCGAAGAAAGAGUAGAGAUAUCUAUAACAGAUAUGAAUUUAAGGGAUUAGCUGAAAAGAAUCCAGUGAUUGUCAAUAUCAUACACCUUUUGCUUGAAAUAUUUGAUUUUAUCUGUGGCAGUCCCGAAAGACAUCCUUUGUUGAUGGAAUUCUUUUACUUUAAUCUCAUUGAAAAUGUUGACACAUUUGCAUGGCUAAGAGAUUAUGCAAUCUUCACAUUGAGAGAAGAUAGUAACACCAAUAUUCAUACUAAAUCUUUCCCAAUCACAUUGGAGGAUAGACGAGUUCGGGUGUUGAAACAUUAUCAAGUGUUAAUGGAUUUAUUCCAAGAUUUAGGAGAAGAAUUCUUUUCUAAGAAAGAAGAAAACACUCAUAAUGUCAAGCAAAAGAAUUUACUCAAUUAUAUGAUGAUGAACGAAACGAGUGGUGUGUCUGGUGGUGCUAUGAAUUCAUCGAAUGGGGAAGAGACAUUCCUUGAGGAUGAAAGCGGAGUCAUGAAACAAUUUGAUUUCUUGGUCAACCCUGGUGAUGGUUUGGUGUUGAGCUUUUUAACAAAAGGGCCCAUCACUGAAAAUUACACUGUGAAAAAGCAAAUGUUGACCUUGUUAGAAAAGAUGUUCCGACUUCCAUAUUUGCCUUUCCUUAGAAUUGAGUCCUAUGUAAAUACCUACAUCAGAUAUCACUACUUGAACUUUGUGAGAUUGUACAUUGAAGAGGCUUUUGAUGAUAUUACUGUAGAAGCAUGCAAACUUCACCUCAACGUACUAAUCGCGUUCUCCAUGAAUAAGACAACCCAAAUUGUCAAUCGAUUUUUCACCAUGAAAGUGGUUCGAUUUUUGGCAAGAGAAAUUAACCUUGAGCACAAAAUCCAUGAGAAAAGACAUCAAAAUCAAAAGAAAAUGGAAGAAUCGGCCGCCAAGCUCGCACAAAAUGUCAAACAGCUCAACCAAAACGAACCCAAUGAUCAAACCACUGAUACCUAUACAUCCGAUGAUGACACUGCUGCUAAUUCUGGAGAAGAGGAUGUUUCAGAAGAAGAAGAUGAAGACGAUAGUGAUUUUGACUCUCCGAACAGAACAGUCUCAAAACCUCCAGUCAAUCUCAUUCCUGGUUUAAAUUUAACUCCACAAGCCAAUAAGAGCACCUCUCCAUCAGAGCCAAAACAAACACCAUCAUUGGCCCUUCCUAAAAUUCCUCCUCUUGUUAACACAAAUGCUCAACCAGCAGCUGCAAAGGAGAAAUCAGAAAGCACACCUGCAACAGACACUUCAGAUUUGAGCUCAGAUUCAGAAUCUGACACAGACAAGGAGUCACCUGUGGUCACGAGUAGCAUUCAGCAGCAAACUAAACCAGCAAUUCCAUCAUUAGGCUUAAAACUUGGAAAUUUACAACAACCUUCAACCACAAAUACUAAUUCACAAGCCAGCAACAAUAGCACCACUCAAUCAUCAUCCUCACAAGUUGUUCCUCCAAUAUCUGUUGUGCCCAAGCUCUCGUUUGGAGCCAAAACCGCCUCAGAGACCACCACCUCUACUGUUACUUCAGAAAAUGGAACCAAACCAUCCAUUCCUCCAUUGUCCUUCUCGAAAUCAUUAACCUCAACUCAGACAACAAAGAAAGAUCACGAAACGAAACCUACCGAAGAUCAUGACGAUUCUGAUGAUGAUGCUGAUUUCAUCAACACUCCCUCAGCUCCAAAAUCUCACACCGCCAUUCCAAAACUUAAUUUCUCAUUGGGUGGCUCAAACUAUGAAACCAAGCAAACUAAUGUUGCCACCACUAACUCCAACGCAGAUGUGGCAGCAACAAAUUCUACAACCAAUGUGACAACAAACAGCAACACCACAACAACAACUGUCAGCAAGCCAACAGGACCCAUGCUCACAUUGGGAUUAAAUUUGGGAGCAUUGAAAGCUAAAAAUCAAUCGCCUCCUGAACCAACUGCAAAUACUUCUGAAACUCCACACAGCAGUAGUAAUAGCUCAAAGGGUAUUUUGGAAAAGUUAAAGAUUACAUCUUUAAAGUCAGCAAAACGAGAUGCUUUAACAACCCUCGCUUCAACAAGAUCUUCAGAGAAUGAUCUGUUGUAUGAAGAUGAUCUGAGCGAUGAAGAAGUUCUUUCAAGCUUAAUUGAAUCUACUGCACAAUUUGUGGAAAGACAUGAAGCCAUGUUGGAAUCAGAUGAAGUGCUAUUCUAUGAAAAGGAAAGGAAAAAUAGAAAGCUCUACAGAAAUGAUGAGUUGCAUGUGGCCAUUCUUACCUUGUUGAUGUCACUCUUGAUCACCUCUAACUCGACCUUAGACUCUAGAUAUUGUGACCAAUUCCCACUCAAUAAGAACCUUCCAAACGUUCCUUUCAUGCUUCAUUUCCACAUCAACGAUUCAUACAAUGAGCAUAUUAUUCCACUUCUUCAUGAUACCAUUGUGUCAUAUUGUAGUAUGAACGAUAACCUUAUCGGAUUGAAUAUUCUCUUGAGAUUGUUGUGUGAAAAGUUGUUCGAACCAAACUUGUACAGCGUGAAAGAAGAACGUUUAGGAGUUGGUGCCUUUGGUGAUGUAUGGAGAUGUAAACUCAAAUUUACUCACUCCUCUGUUAAGACUGUAGCUGUGAAAUUGCUAAAAGUUCCUAAACUCAUUGAUGAGGCAUGCAUUUUAUAUACAAUCUUCAACGAAAUUUUGAUCAUGGAAAAGUUCAAAGCUGAUCCACGAAUUUGCAGAAUGUAUGAUUAUGGUGUUACCAAAGAUAAUUAUUAUAUUGUAAUGAAAGAGUACAAGACCAGCUUGAAGACAUGGAGACUCAAACAAACCACUCACUUUUUGCAAAAUAUCCCACUUUACAUGAACAUCUUCAAGAGAAUUUUGGAAUCUUACAAGUUCUUAUACGAUAACAAUAUCAAUCACUUUGACUUGAAGUGUGACAAUAUUUUCUUGGAACCAUUUGAUGGUGUUGAUGAGGCCAAGUUUUUCAAUCAUCAAUCUGAUAUGCCUCACUUUGAGAUGGUUAUUGGUGACUUUGGUGAAAGUUUUAUUUAUUCAAAUGAUGAAGAGGAUGGCUAUACCACACGUCACAGAGGUACAGAAUGUAUCAAGAGUCCUGAAAUGCUCAAGAUUGAAAUGAUGGACACAAAGAGCAAGAACUACGACAGAAGAAGAAAAGUUGGGGCCAACAGUGCAAGCGAUAUUUGGUCAUUGGGUUGCUUGUUUUAUGAAUUGCUCUCUGGUGAAUUCCUUUUCGAUGCUUCUGAUUUCACAUCCUUCUUUGUGUUGCUGACGGAUAAUAAGAAGACUCUUAUCUCUCAAGAGAGAUUCCUCAAGAUUCACUACAAUCACUUUUUGAUGGAUAUUUUGAGCUACAUUCUUGUGAGAGAUCCUUUGAGAAGACCAUCCAUCAAUGAUUUAUUGCAACGAUUCUCUUACUUUGUGCAUGUCAUGCCGUCAUGGCAAAAGCUUAAAGAAAUGUCUCCAGAGGAUAUUGAAAAUGAAUUUAAUAGUGCAAGAAGUACUUUGACAAGUAGAGGCAUUACUCCUCCUCCAAAGAUUGUUCAUCAUCAUGUCGACGAUUACCUUUUGCAUCCUCUUGAAACUCCUCACACCUCAAAAUCUUCGAAUAGACCAGCAAUUACUGGACUUCCAUCUAAAGACAACUCUGAUGCGAUUAAGAACAAUAGAAAUACUCAACAACAAGAAGCAACAGCACACAACUAUCUGUCACCAUAUAAUUGGACAAAAGACGAUGUUGAUUUCUAUAUUAAGAAGGCUACUUUCAUUAUGAAAAAUCGUCUUUAUUUAGUUUCUGAUGAUUUGGCUUACAACAAGUCUGUUCUUAACAAACUCGGAAUUACUCACAUUGUGAACUGCUGUGUCACUACUUCCAAGUCUCAAUUCCCUGACAACUUUUUCUACUUUAAUCUCAAAGAACAUUUAUCAGAAAGUUCCUUAAAAGCCUACGGUGAAUACAUUAAGGCAUUUGAAUUUGUCAGAGAUGCAAUUAAAAAGAGAGGAAGAGUACUCGUUUACAGUGGAAAAGGCCUCAGUAGAAGUGGACUCUUUGUGGUCCUAUUUCUAAUGGAUACUUAUAACUUGUCAAGCUACGAAUCCUACUUGUUUGUGAAAAGUCGAAGACCAGCAUUGCGACCUGAAAUUUUAACACACUUCUUGCAUUUCCUUCUCAAAGUCAAACAAAUGCAAUCCGUCGAGUCACAAAAAAAGAAGGCACUUUCAGAACUCAAGACAUUAUCUUCCUCAGGUACACUUUUCAAAAAUAGACAUUCCACAGUUCCAUCACUCCUUCAACCUCCACCUCAACACACUCACAAGAAGCUCAACAAGAUUCAUCAAAGUAUUUCAAAAAUGUUGGAAAUGAAAAAAUUGAAAGAUAAACAACAAUUAGAAGAGGAGCAAAAACGAAAUAAGGAUGCUGGUAGUAGUACUUCUGGAGGAACUUGUAAAAAUUCUUCAUCCACCACAACUGCAGCAGGAUCCUCCUCCACCACAUCAACAUCAACCACUAACAGCACCACUGCUCAACAACCAAAGAAACAAAAACAAGAAGAAACUGUUCAUUGGUUUAGAUGCAUUUGUGGAGCAUGUGUGGUUGUCCUUUGCGUACUUGGCCUUCAUUCCUUCCAAGAAAUGAAAUUACUCUAUUUUUACAAUGCCAAUGUGGUGAAUAUGGGAUUCACAACUAAGGACAAGGUACUUUUAGAACCAUUUGAAGUAUUACAGCAUUCUGAAGUCAUUCCAGAUAACAUUCCAAUUGGAGAAUAUAUCGAACCAAUUUGGAAAGUACACAAGUGUAAAUAUUGUGGAUACAUGAUGUUUGCUACAAAGGAUAAGGAUGUAGGAUCUCUUCCAUCAGCAGAAAAGAGUCAAUUAUCUGAAAAGAGUAAUAACAAUCAAGGUGACAAGACAUCCUCACAACCUCUUCGAAGACAUAGAAGUAAGGAAAAUAUUUCUGUUUCUCCGGCAAGCAAUGAUUUGUUAUCGCCAAGUGGAAUUUCGAUUCGUGGUUUCGAAAUUGCUGUGAACUGUUCUCUAAAGACAACCAACGUUAUAGCCAAGUCAAAUGUGAACAAGGUUCAAGAUUUGAGACCUUCACUCUUCUUUAAGGGAGCGAAUGUUUAA